AUUUGAGACACAAGCACACUCAAAACCCUCUGCACGAUAUGUUAGACACUAUCAUAUUCAGAAAAGAGACAAAUGAAGAACAUUAUGCACAAAAUGCAAAACCCGUUUAUUCCUUUGGACACUCCUAAACAAGUGUCAUCCAGAUAACCCUAGGACUUGCACUGAUAUUACUAAGAGCUAAGUGUUUAUUGAGUCCUUACUUGUGUCAGGCAUGUAAUAAUGCAUCGUACAUUUAUUCUGUCAUUCAAUCCUCAAGACAAUCUUAUGAGGUAGGAACUAUUCUUAGCCUCAUUUUACAGACAAGGAAGCUGUGGCUCCCCAAUGUUAGAUAACUUGCCAAAAAUCACUAAGCUGGUAAGUGGCAGAGCCCUGAUUUGAAACAAGGCCGUCUGUUUCCAGGACUUUCACCAUUAACCCAUUUGCUCUACCGCCCCAGAAUCUAUGAAACAGGUACUGUGUGAUGCCUUUCUCUUUGGUCUCCUCCCCACUCCCUAGGAGUCCCAAUAAAGAUGCAUCCCGAGCUUUCUAAUCUAUAGAUAUAUGUCAUUAUCUCUUAGACCCGAAGAUGCUACCAUGGUUCUCACGCCCCCUGCUUUAAAGAAAAAUGAUUCAGUAAAUUCAUGCACUGCCUUUAGUUCCUCCCUCACUGGUUUUACGUGUAUUUUCCCUCCCUUGGUUAGGACUGCAGCUAGACGGCAGUAACACCAGCGAUGGAGCCGUUACACGAGGAGCACCUAGCCAACCGUGGAACAAUAGUGAAGCCUUAUUACUGGCUGAGCUUCUCUCUAGACUGCUCCGACUGUCCUUACCACAUUCGGACAGGUGAAGAAACAAGGGUUUCCUACUCAGAAUUCCAUCAGAUUUUUGGAUUCCCUUAUGGGCCAACAUGUCCUCAAACAAAACACCUCACGUUCUAUGAACUGAAAACUUCUACUGGGAGCCUGGUGCAAAAGGGUCACGCUAGCAGCUGCACGGCGAACACCACCCACCCGGAGUCAAUGCUAUUCGAGACCAACGGCUACCUUGACUGGGCCAUGUGCAAUAACAAGGGCAUCAGGCAUAUCAUCCUGUACUCCAGCAACUCCCCCUGCAAUGAAGCUGACCACUGCUGCAUCAGCAAAAUGUACAAUUUCCUGGUAGCUUACCCGGAUGUCACUCUGAGUAUCUACUUCUCUCAGCUCUAUCACACUGACCCUGAGUUUCCUGCCUCGGCGUGGAACCGCGAAGCUCUCCGGAGCCUGGCUAGUCUAUGGCCCAAGGUCACCUUGAGCCCAAUAAGUGGCGGGAUCUGGCAUUUUCUCCUCAACAACUUUGUGAGCGGCGUCUUGGGAUCGGCUGUUUUCCAGCCCAUCUUACCCGGGAGGGCGCUGGCCGACAGGCACAACGCGUGUGAAAUCAACGCCAUUACAGGGGUGGCGCCUUAUUUCACUGAUGUGCUUCCUCCGACAAAAGAGGGUCGGGACAUGAGCGCUCAGGCAGCUUUCGAGAGCUACCACUCCAGCAGUGCCUUUCCGGGACAGUCUCCUCAAACGACAAGCGGACAACCACAACCCAGCCUGGCACCAGACCUCAGGGUCCCUGUCGUCUUUGUGCUGGUGCCUUUCAGAGACCUACCGCCAAUCCGAGUGGGUCAAAACCCAUAUAAACCCAGGAACAUUGUGAGGCACUUAAAUAUGCCUCAGAUGUCACUCCAGGAAAGCAAGGACCUCCGAAGGCCUCCGCUCACAGUGCCGGUGGGGACAGUGGAGAUCACAGAACAGUCCCUAAGUAGCGACAAGACAGAUGAAAGAAAGAGGAAAAAGAAAGGGAAGAAAUAAAAUCUGCAUUCCUACAACAUAAGACCAAACAGCUACCAGAGGACUGGUAAGAUAGCCAACAAAAAUCUGGAAACUUUCUCUCCUGGGUAUGACCCAAGAUGGAGAUAAAAUGAUAGACUAAAGGCAAAACCUGAAUUAUUCACCAUCUCAACUAUUAUAAAGCUACACUAUUUUAAACAUAAUCCAAAAUGUUUUCCAUAAGCAACUUAAUAUCUUUCCUUUAUUUUGAAAAUGACAGUGUCAAAGUGGAGCCAUCAGUACCUUGCUCAUAUUUUGGUGUAAAAAAGAAAAUGUCAUUAUUCCAGUCUCCCCAUAUCAUCUUUCCACUAAAAAAGCUGAUGGACUAAAUAGCUUCCUAAACUGGUUUUAGUAUAAAAAUUUACUAUAAAAUUGGGAAACAGCCUGAAUUUACUGGCAUUCAGGGCUGUUUGCAAAAGCAAACCAGUGAAUUUCCAUUAAUUGUUCAUUGUGGACAGAAGAUUUUAGGCAGC